GACUGGGCAGAUAAACUCUUGCUGUAUCCUGCGGUACAGUUUCCCAUCUUUCUCCGGGGACAUAUCCUUGUACCGCCAACUCGGAGAAAAGCUGCCGAGCGGUAGACGGCGAGAGGCUUCCCCGCAGAGCUAUUGUUGACUUCGUCUGCUGCUUUUCAUUAGAAUGGCUUCGACUGAGCUGAAAGAGGAGCUGAACUGUUCCAUCUGCCUGAGCAUCUAUACAGAUCCUGCCAUGCUGAACUGCGGCCACAACUUCUGCCGGGUCUGUAUUAGCCGGGUCCUGGACACCCAAGAAGGAAACGGGCUCUUCACCUGUCCUGAAUGCCGGGCUGAAUUUCAGACUCGACCCGCUCUACAGAAGAACAUGAAACUCUGCAACAUCGUCGAGUGCUUCCUGUCCUCGCGACCGGUGCAAGAGCAUGCCGGGAUAUUCUGCACCUACUGCGUCCACUCCCCUGUCGCCGCGGUCAAGACGUGCCUGCAGUGCGAGACCUCGCUGUGCGACGUCCACCUCCAGGCGCACAGCAAGUUGGUGGAGCACACCUUGACCGAACCCACUACGUCCCUGGAGAACAGAAAAUGUCCCGUGCACAAGAAGCUCCUGGAGUACUACUGCCCCGAGGACGCCACGUGCAUCUGCGUUUCCUGCUGCGCCUUUGGAGACCACCGGGGACACCAAGUGGCGCUCCUCUACGAAGCCUCCAAGAAGAAGAAAGAGAAGCUGAAACUGGUGAUGACAAGGUUGACCUCGAAGACGGCGGAGACAGAAAAACGAGUGCAGAGUUUGCAAGAGCACAGGCAGAAAGCGGAAGAGAACGCGGCCGCCCUCACGGAACGGGUCGACCUGCUGUUUACGGAGAUGCGGGAGCAGCUGGAGGUCUUGGAGAAGAGAGUCCUCAAGGAGAUCACCAGCCAAGAAGAGCAGGUCUCCCAACAUGUGUCCGACCUCAUCCAACAACUGGAGAUGGAGAAGGAGGAGCUGACUAAGAAAAUGCGCCACAUCGAGGAGCUCUGCGGCAUCACCGACCCUCUGACUGUCUUGCAAGGAAGAGGUGACGUCGGCCACGACGACGAGGAGGGCGAUGCGGAGGAUAGAAAGAGGGACGACAAAAAGGUUCACCCCAUCUGCGACCUUGACGAAGGUCUGAUUUCCGUGAUCUUACAUUCUUCCCUGAAGGACAUUGUCACGUGUCUAAAGUCCAAACACGGCUUUAACAUGCAGGUGGCCUCAGACAUGCUCCUGGACGUGAACACGGCGGGGGACUACGUGGCCGUGUCGCGGAAUUUAAAAAUGGCUUCCUGGUCGGAGACCAAGCAGUGCCGCCCCAAGACGCCCGAGAGGUUCGUGAACUAUCACAUUCUAAGCCUCCGGGUUUUCACAACGGGGCAGAAUUACUGGGAGGUGGAGACCAGCGAGGCCGGGUACUGGAUGGUGGGGUUGGCCUAUCCCAGCAUAGAACGCAAAGGGGACCGGGCCGUGACGGGCUAUAACAAGAAAUCGUGGUGUCUACGCAUGUCCGAUAAAACUCACUCGGCCAUCCACGACUCCAAGAUCAACCCCUUGUACCCGGAGUCGGCCGUGCAAAGAUUGGGGAUUUAUCUGGAUUACGAGGCUGGCCGACUUUCCUUCUACCAGCUCAGCGACACCAUUAGGCAUCUGCACACCUUCAUUGCCCACUUCACGGAGCCCCUCCAUGCCGCCUUCUGUGUUUAUAACCAUUCAUGGAUCAGGAUUAAGAGCUAAGACAUCAGCUAUGCAAAGUGUGCCCAGGGCUGGCGCAAGGAUUUUUCACACC